AUGGAUUAUCUUUUUCAGUCAACAGGCAUUAAAUUAGUGGAUGGCGAAUCCAUCAGCCAGUGCACCAAGUCGGCUCGCCAGUACAUAGAGAAUAUUUUUGGAAGCAGCACUCCCGAUACCGCGCACGGUCGGAAAAUCGAUCUCUUACUGAAGCGUGCAAAUGAUGGCAAUGACAUUGAACUCUCCAGCAAUGAAUUCAAACGUCCACGCGUCUCAUCUACUUGUGCCUUGGCACAGCAAUGCAAGAACCUACGAACAAACGGAGCCAUACUUACUCACAUUGAAGCCAUUGAUCAUCAACACGGCCAUCAUCACAGAGUUGCAAUGGAUUGGAUUGGGAAUAGUGGCUAUCUAUAUAUGUUGGCAAACGUGGAUGGUAUCUAUUUUGCAAAAAAGAUCAGUGUCCUGCAGCUGCCCCGAUCCCUAAACGACAUUUCCUCCUUCAAGCCUACCUUACAAGCAUUUUUUCGAUACCAGCGCUUUAUGACACAACUUGGUCAGAAGUCAUUGAGCAUGUUGCAUGCCCGGGAAGACAUGGAAAGUCUCUGUGGUGUUAUCGAUUUACAAUCUGAAUCCAGUCCCGCACCACCCAAACACCCUAUUUUCUUCACCCCUCAGAACCAUCGGACCAAGCGUACCAAAAUUCAGCACCGUUGA